AUUAUAAUCUUUUAAUUUAAAUUAAAGUAAUUUUUAAAUCGACCGCUUUUAAUUUAAAUUCACGAGAAAAGAAAGAUAGAAAGAGACGUCUUGAAUAAAGUUAAGUUACAAUCGUAUAAAUCAUAGUAGAAUUAAAUAAAACCGUAUAAAAAGCAAAGCUAUCUAUCAAAUAAAUUAUCCGCUGUAAAAAAUUAAUUUUGAUGAGCAUUGACGUAAGAAAUGACGCAAAAUUUUGUCAUAUAUUAUUGCAAGAUGUAUAUUAAGAGUGCAAAGUAGAUAUGUUAAUAAAGAUAAACGACGCGAUUGUAAAUCUCGUUAAUGUGCGCUUCAAAGAUUUAUAAAUAGUACUUGAAAAAUUAAAAAAAUAUCAGUAUGAAUAUAUUUUAAGUAAAUAAUUGAUCAGCCGAAACAUUUCUGUGAUACUUUUCUGUCAGUAGAUUGAGUUUAAUUUUUUUAAGCUGCUUGCGACAGAUGAUGCGUUUCUUCGAAAUAUUUUGUUAGAAAUGUAUGUUGCGUGACGCAUUUCUAUUAACUAGCUCGCAUGCGAUCUAGCGCGAAGAAAUACAUCGCCGCGUUUCACAGGCUUGAUUCUCUUCUCGGGACCCCAAAAAUCGCUGCGGACUCUUAUAUACAUAUAUGUAAGGCGCCGCUUACACGCUCUCGAUCGUUGUUACGUUACUGUCCGUGAAACUUCUGCUUUCUCAGUUCGCGCUCAACAUCUCGCAGUCACGAAAGUGUCGGCUCCGUUCGCGCGUGAUUGAGUACUCAUCCAAGAGUACAGCUAGCGACCGCAAAGGACACGGUUCUAGGACGUUACAGCACGUGAUUGCGACGAAGAUUACAGUCAGUAGCAGUAGCAGCGAUAGUUCUCUAUCCAGUCUUUGUAUUCGCAACGAGAGGUGUUGAUUUACUUCCGACAUAAACAUGGCCAUGGCAAGUUCGUCAAAGACAGCAGUCGACGAGGCACCGCAAGAGAAUUGUAUUUGGAUUGAACUGAAAUUGCUGCAGUCAAUCGUGGUGCAAAGCAGAUUGGGCCAAACAGUGCUGAGACUUAUGGAUAAUUUCCUGUGGGUUGUAGAGAAAUGUGCGGAAUGGAGUCUACCUAGGCAGGAAGUCAGAGGAGACGAGAACCGGAAAGACUCGGGAAAACCGGAACUCGUGAGACCAUUGCCAUGGCUCUUGUUCUUGCCGAGUUUAGUGCUGCUGCGAGUGAUCAGAGCGACACUGAAUAUAGGUGGUUACAUAUUGGGUUACCCUGAAAUCACGCCGAGCGGAAUGGUAAAGUUCGUGCAGAUAUGUCGCAGGUAUCUAAAUAAAGGAAUGAACAAAGGAACGAAAGAGAGGUACGAGACGAAGGACAAGAGAUCGUCAAUCAACGAGGCUAAGAAGGCUCUAAUCAAGUCCAUUCGGCUGACUUUGUCGAGCUUAUCCUGCCUGGAUGCAUCCAAACCUUCUCUGUCACCACCGCCCACCAAAAUUCACGUUAGUAGCGUCCUCGAUCCCGAUCCAGUAACGGCAUUAGAAGAAAAAUCAGUGACGGAAUCGACGGAGUCUACAGCAAAAUUAAAAGACUCAUCGAGCGAAUCGGAGAAAGAGGAGAAGAAGGAGACUCUGAAUGAGAAGAUCGAUCGACUUGCUUUGGAGAAUAGCGAGGACGAUGAGGAUUUCGAUCCGGUCAAAUGCGGCUUUUCGAGCGACACGAGCAGCGACGAGAACAGCGACGACGGCAACGUGUCUCCGACUGAGGUUCACGCCGUCCAAGAAGACGCUAAAAAGUUCCUCAAAACCAAUAUCGAGCGGUUUCUGAAUGCCGAGCAGACUUCCGCACCAGCUCCCCAGGAGGAAACCGUCGAGCUGGAUUGCGAGAAGAGAUCGUCGGCCAAGGAGAGCCGCGAUAAGGUAGAAGAACGCCUCGUGAUUUCGCAGGGUAUCGACACUAUCGACUCGCCCGAGUGUUAUACGCCCGACAGAUCCAGUCAGGAAGGCGAUCCGACCUUCUACUCGCCGAUCAGCUCGGACAGCGACGCGCCGAAGGAAUCCUCGGUCGCCGAACAAUGUACCACAAGAAAGAGUUUAAAAACAAACGAGUUUAUCAAUGGCGAAGCACGUUUCAUCUCAGCAUCAACGAUUUCAGAAUCGAAAUCACCCGGAGAAACUAACAAUGGUGCAGUGAUGCAGAAGCGCAGUACAAACGUGAGUAAAUGUCAUAAGGGUAAGCGCACGAGUCACGGCAACCGUAAAAAAAAAUAAUCAAUUAACACAAACAAAACAAAAAAGAAAGAUAUAGAAUGAGAGGAAGGGGGAGGGAGAGAAGAAACGAAAGCUUCCCUUUGAGACAAAAGAUCACUAUCGGUGAUACAAUAUCACGCCUGUAUCGAACGUCAUUGACAGUUACGCAAUUGUCGAAGAUUAAACAUGAUUUCGAACGAAAGAUAUUUGUCCGUCGCAGUCGUCAAGAUAUAACAAAGAUAUCAGGAUAUCAAGACACAUAUCCGAAUAAAAGUCGAGAUUGUAAAAGACCUCCGUCGUAGUCGCUUAUCAAUUAUUAUUCUGAAAAAUUAUUUGACGAAUUAAAAUGUUUACAGAUGUUUCGUCAAAUUUUUAACACUUGCGUUUCUUUCUGGAAGAUUUUGUCCGAACUAUGUCCAAAGUAUAACUGGUCCAAAGUACGUCGUCCAAUAUCGCGCAUUUUCACUUUAACGCAAUCAUGCUUCUUUCUAUAAUAA